CAAGUGCGGAUAAAACAAUUGCUGCUGUGCAUGUGUGCGCGUGUGUGUGUGUGAGUGUGUGUGUGUGUGCAUAAUGCUAAAGUUAAUGUUGGCGCACAAUUAAACAAUUGACAAUAUAAUUAAUUGAACGAUUUGCCAAGCACACGCAAAAGCUGCAAUUGCAAUUUGCUACAAAAAUGUUUAUUAAAUGGCUGCCGCUGCUGCUGCUGCUGGCGUUGCUGCAACUGAGCAACUGCUUGGAGUCCAAGGAGUCGCUGUCGUUGUCGGAAUGCGCCGCCAAGGUGGGCGAGUGCGAUGAGAUGGACGGUCCAGUGUGCGGCACUGAUGAUCAGACAUAUCCAACGCGCUGUCAUCUGGAGCGGGUGCAGUGCAGCGGCUUUCAAGUGAGCCUCAAGCAUCGCGGCGCAUGCAAAGGUUGCUUGGUGGCGCUGCAGUACGCCAAGCGUCAGCAGGCGCGCAAUCCUCGCAUCUUCAUACCACGCUGUCGUCACGAUGGCUUCUAUGCUGCCGUGCAGUGUCUGGGCGAUGCCGGCUGCUGGUGCAGCGACAGCUCUGGCAAGCCCAUUAAGAACACCAGCUCGCGUGGGCGCAAGCCCAAGUGCGGUGCCUAUCGACGCAAUCACAAUCGUCGUCGCUCCUCGCCGCGUCAGCUUAAUCUGGAUGCGGAUGCUGUCAACAGCAGCGAUGGCGCUGCGCCGCGUGCCUGCAGCAGAGCAGAUCGCUUGGCUUUCAAUCAGCAUCUGAUUGAACUCUUUCGUGCCGAGUCGGUGCGCUCCAGUCGUGCCACUGGUCAGGCCGAUGCCGCUGUGCUGGAUUGGAAGUUUGCCCAGUUGGAUGCGAAUGGCAAUCAGUUGCUGGACAGACAAGAAGUGCGUGAGCUCAAGAAGCUCGUCAAGCGCGCGGUUAAGCCCAGACGUUGUGGACGUGCCUUUGGCAAGUACUGUGAUGUCAACAAAGACGAUAACCUGUCGCGACUGGAGUGGAGCAAUUGCCUGUCCAAGAAUGCCAACCAUCGUAAUACGGCCGUUGAUGUGUUGAACAGCAGCAGCUCCUGGUCCAGCAUGCCGAGCACAACGCCGUCAAAUCCGUUGCCACGCCGUACUCAUUACACCAAUGUGCAUAACAUACAUCAUUCAAAUCCCAGUCAUGAACAUACCAACACCAAUAUCAUCAACAAUUAUAAUGUGAAUUCGCACAUCGAUGAUUUUGGGAACAACAACAACAACGGCGGCGGCGUCGGCGUCGACGAGGAGGAGGACUAUACGGGCGAGGAGCAGGAAGAAAGCAUGACGCAUUCAUAUAAUUCACCGUUGUCUCCAUCCUCAUUUAAUUCACUUGGCAUGCUUUCAAAGGGCAGAAUCGAGUCUAUUCUAAUGGGCCUUUCGUUCACAGUUCUGAGUGCCAAGACAGCGGAGACAACGAACAAUGAGAGCGAAGGUGAUGCCAACUGUUGGUCCGAUCGCAAAGCAGCCAGAGACGAUCAUGACGGCACUAAAGCCUUCUUUGUGCCGGAAUGCACGGAUGAUGGACGUUACCAGCGGGUGCAGUGCUAUAGCUCCUAUUGCUGGUGUGUGAAUGAGGAUACGGGCAAGACCAUACCCGAAACCUUUUCGCAGGAACACAAGCGACCACAAUGCGAUGAGGUUGUGGUCGUGCGUCCCAUGAAGGGCUGCACCGAGCCGCGCAAGACGCAGUUCCUCAAAGAGCUCAAGGAGUUCUUAAGUACGCGUGUGCUGCCUCCUGGCAAUGCAGCCAACUCGAGCCUGUGGAAGUCGGAUGAUGAGCGCAUUGCCAAAAUGAGCUUUGUUUAUUUGGACAAAAACAAAAACAAGUCCUGGGAGCGCAAGGAGUGGAAAGUCUUUCGUGAUCUGGUUACAGAUGCCAGAAAUCUAAGCCGCUGUGGCAAGAAAAUGCCGCGUUACUGUGAUGCUAAUGGCGAUAAAAAGAUCUCGUUGUCCGAGUGGGUGGACUGUCUGCAAUCCCAGCGCACUGAAAGUGUUACCACCGCCAAGCCUGCGCAGUCCAAUGAGACGGCCACAUCGCGACUCCUGGGAUUCAAUCCGCUGGAGCAGUAUCUUAAAGAUUAGUAUUUAAGUAAUAAUGUUGCUAUUGUUGUGCUGCUGCUGCUACUCAUUAGAUGUCGUGCCAUGUUCAUGUUGCGUGGAGGAGCUUAAAAACAUUGUCACUCACACAAACACUCACCCACACCUACACACACACACACACCUUUAAACACACUCACAUUCCUAGCAUAUAGAUUCUACAAUUUAAAUGUAUAUGUUUAUGUAUUUAGUGUUGUAAAUAUUACUCGAUAUAAAUGUUUAGCUUAAGUACAAAACGAAAUUGCU